CUCGGGCACGGGCGCGGCGCGACCCUUCUGCUGUGACCGACUCGACUCUAUCCACAUCGGAGGCAAAAAUCUCUCCCCCAAAAUCUAGGCGAGCCGUGGUGGAAUCCUAAACCCGCCGCCGCGGUCGCCGCAUGCUGGCAUGGCGCUCGUGUCCACGGCUACCGUCGCGUCGUCGUCCUACCACUGCGAUCUCCUCCUCUUCCCGACGACCAGGAGGAGCUGGCACGGGCCGAGGAACCGCGCGGGCGCGGGAGCGAGGCUCGCGGUGGUGGCGCGGGCGGGCGCCACCGCGAGAAGGGAGGAGGUGGUCCCCGCGGCGGAGGGGGGCAGAAACUCGUACGAGGUGGAGUCUCUGAUCGACCGGCUGAGCAACCUGCCGCCGCGGGGCUCCAUCGCGCGCUGCCUCGAGACGGCGCGGCACCGGCUCACCCUGCAGGACUUCGCGGCCGUGUACCGCGAGUUCUCCCGGCGGGGCGACUGGCAGCGCUCCCUCCGGCUCUUCAAGUACAUGCAGCGCCAGUCGUGGUGCCGCCCCGACGAGCACAUCCACGCCAUCGUCGUCGGCGUGCUCGGCCGCCAGGGCCCCGCGCUGCUCGAGAAAUGUCUCGAGGUCUUCGAAGACCUCCCCGCCGAGUCGCGCACCGCGCUCUCCUACACCUCCCUCAUCGCCGCCUACGCGCGCAACGCGCUGCACGAGGACGCCCGCGCCCUGCUCGACCAGAUGAAGGCCGCGGGGGUCGCGCCCACCGCCGCCACCUACAACACCGUCCUCGCCGCCUGCGCCCGCGCCACCGAUCCUCCCGUCCCCUUCGACAUGCUCCUCGGCCUCUUCGCUGAGAUGCGGCACGACGUGUCACCCGCCGUGCGCCCGGACCUCACCACCUACAACACCCUCCUCGCCGCUGCCACCGUGCGCUCCCUCGCUGAUCAAUCUGAAAUGCUGCUGCGCACCAUGCUUGAGGCUGGCGUCUCCCCGGAUACUGUGUCUUAUGGUCACAUUGUGGAUGCCUUUGCCAGCGCCCGUAACCUCUCUCACGUAGCCAAGCUGUUCUCCGAGAUGGCAGCCACGGGGCACACACCCGAUGCCUCCGCGUAUCUGGGGCUCAUGGAGGCACAUACCCGUGUCGACGCAACAGCUGAAGCGGUGGCCGUGCUGCGGCAGAUGCAGGCUGAUGGCUGCACGCCGACGGCCGCCACAUACCGUGUCCUGCUCGAUCUCUACGGGAGACAGGGGCGGUUUGACGGUGUGCGUGAGCUCUUCCGCGAGAUGAGAAUGGCUGUACCACCAGACACGGCCACAUAUAAUGUGCUCUUCCGUGUAUUCAAGGAUGGUGGCUUCUUCAAGGAGGUGGUAGAGCUCUUCCAGGAUAUGCUUCGCACUGGGGUAGAGCCUGAUAUGGGGACCUGCGAAGGUGUCAUGGCUGCAUGCGGUCGCGGUGGGCUCCAUGAGGAUGCAAGAGAAGUUCUUGAAUAUAUGACCAGAGAAGGAAUGGUGCCUACUGCAGAGGCCUACACUGGCCUGGUUGAAGCUCUUGGCCAUGCGGCUAUGUAUGAGGAAGCCUACGUUGCUUUCAACAUGAUGACUGAAAUUGGUAGCUUACCAACUAUAGAGACCUACAAUGCUCUUGCAAAUGCGUAUGCCAAGGGUGGGCUCUUCCAGGAGGCUGAGGCCAUUUUUUCUCGGAUGAGUAACAAUGCUGGCAUUCAGAAAAACAAGGAUUCAUUUGAUGCCCUCAUUGAAGCAUAUUGCCAGGGUGCACAAUUGGAUUGUGCAGUGAAGGCAUACAUGGAGAUGCGCAAGUCCAGGUUUAAUCCAGAUGAGCGCUCCCUUGAGGGAGUACUCAAUGCCUACUGCAUAGCAGGGGUCAUAGAUGAGAGCAAAGAGCAGUUUGAAGAACUUCAAUCUAGUGUGACUGAGCCCAGCAUCAUUGCUUAUUGCAUGAUGUUGUCACUAUAUGCUAGGAACGAUAGGUGGACUGAUGCAUAUGAUCUGCUGGAAGAAAUGAAAACAAAUCGUACUAGCAAUACACAUCGAGUAAUUGCUUCCCUUAUCAAAGGGGAGUACGAUGAUAGCUCCAACUGGCAAAUGGUUGAAUAUGCCCUGGAAAACAGUACAUUGGAAGGCUGCCACUAUAGUUUACGAUUCUUUAAUGCUCUCCUUGAUGUGCUUUGGUGGUUUGGUCAGAAGGCUCGAGCUGCGAGAGUUCUGGAUCAAGCUGUAAAAUGUGGGCUCUUCCCUGAAUUAUUUCGUGACACCAAGCUGGUCUGGUCUGUAGAUGUGCAUAGGAUGUCGGUUGGUGGAGCACUGGUGGCUGUGUCAGUAUGGCUCAAUAAGCUUUAUGACAGACUAAAAGGAGGUGAAGAUCUUCCCCCCUUGGCGUCUGUUGUUGUACUGAGGGGAGAAAUGGAGAAAAGCACGAUUACGAGAGGACUGCCAAUUGCAAAAGUUCUGUACUCCUUUCUAAAUGAUACACUGUCAGCAUCCUUCCAUUAUCCGAAAUGGAAUAAGGGGCGAAUCAUAUGCCUGAAGUCCCAAUUGAAAAAGCUGCAGUCAGCCACAGAUUCGUCAAAUGGAUGUGCCAUAGUUGGUUUUGUCCCCAUGACAAACUUACAAUUGCCGUCUCCCGGCUCUAAAAUAUAUACUAGAGAGUCCCAAUCUGAUAACGGUACUGCCCAUUUGCCUGACGAACCAUUGGUAGAGGAAAAGGAGUCAGAGCUUCUUGCAUUGUGAGUUUGCCGAUGUGAUGGUAUCUUUCUGAACUAAGGAAGACAGAUGCAGAAUAACGGUAACAAAUUUGGAGUUUGGGCAUUCAGAUCUUCUUGUGCUAUGGCAUGGCCAUAUGCAUAUUUGCAGCGUGUGCUUUGCUUCAAUUAUACAUGGCCCUCGCGAAAAAAAGAGGUUCAAUUAUACACAGUGAAUACCACUGCAGAUUCACAUCUUGCCCGAAAUUGGUGAGCCGCUGGUUCCUGCUAGCUUGAUAAACAAUUGAUUAUAAACUUCGAGUUGCAUUUCAGGAUCUAGCCUGAUUGGUUUGCCACCUAACCUUGCCAUGACUAAGAUUAAGCAUGCCACACUUAGGCUGCUACAUAUUGUUAGUCAAGUUUCAGAGUCUUUGCCCUAUAAAUUUUCGCCGCACUUGUGGCGGGAAAAAAGAUUGUCAUGGGCUUGCGGCGUGCCACAACGCAAAAUAUUCCCCACCCUAUCAUUAAAGUCACAUUCUUUCUCUUUCGUUCUCACAUUUCUUACCAUAAUCAUCAGCACAUGAGUCUCGUUCAUGGUGGGAGCUCCGUAGAUUCCUGGUCACCACGUUCUUUCCAGGUCCCUCUCUCUAUGCCUUUCCUCUCAUCUUGAGUCCUCCACCAUCCCCUCCUCACGUUCUAUUUAUGCAUAGAUCUGAACCUUCACCCUUUGUAGCAAUAGUAGCAACUCUUCUGAUCCUUUUCUGUUUAGCAGUAGCAGCAACUCUUCUGAUCCCUUUUCGUAUAGUAGCAGCUCUCGACUCCUACCUCAAGUUCAGAAGUGCAGCUCAUAUAGAAGAGAAAAGGUGAUGCCUUACCGGGUAGCUUGUGGAUAUUUGUCCUUAUCUUUUAGUUCUGUUGGUUGUUCCUGUUAAAAUUAUUAGUGUUUUGCAUGCUCCUUUUGAAAUAAUUGGCGUCUUGCAUGCUCCUUUUAUCUUCUCUGAUGUUUUUUGCUUGAAGAAAGUGCUUGCAUUAGUAAUAUAUAAGUUAAUUACUGAUGAUGGUUUACUUGUACCUCUUUAUUAAUUUGUUUUAAAAUGUAAACACAACUUAUGUUAGAAAUGGGUGGUUUGUUUGUUC